CCUUCACAACAGCAUCUUCAAGAACACCACCAACAGCAUCCCCAAGAACAUCACUGAGAGCAUCUUUUAUAACAGAACAAAAUGAAGUCUGCUGUAGCUUUUGUUGUUCUUGCUUGUCUGAUCAUUGUGGAAGGACAGAAGGCCAGUGUGAAGAGGUGUUUAUGUCAGGGUCCUGGGAUGAACACGGUUCGUCUGCAGCGUGUCGAGAAGAUUGAAGUCUUUCCUGCCAGUCCUUCUUGUGAAAACGUAGAAAUUAUUGUUACAUUCAAGAACGAUGGAGGGAAAAAAUGCCUGAACCCAAAAUCCAACUUCGCCCAGAACUACAUCAAGAAAGCCAUUGAAGAGAAGACUAAUCAGUAAAGCAUGUAGUAGAGCAUCAAGAAAGACAAGGAAGACGAGAAGGAGGAGUCUGAGGACAUCAGUUUCAGCACGCCACACUGACAGUGUGCCUGUGCUAUAUUUCUAAUACUGUAAAAACUGUAAAUAAACAUGUUAUUUAAUUUUUGAGACAGGCGAAACAGUAUGUCGGCAGCUGUGUAAUAUAAAAAGUAUUUUGUAUAAACAUACUUAAUUUAAACAGAAUAAAACAAUGUGUUGUUAUUAAGGUGCAAUAAAUAAAUGUUUAAACAUAA